AUGGAUUUCCGUCUAGUGCCUCGCGGGGAAGAUCGCAACUAUACCGGGUUCCUUACCAAAACAAUCGUCUACACCGGUUCCUUAAUAUUAUUCUUAGCUUCCUUCGGGUUAACCAUCUCCUCGAUCGCCGUUCCGAGAUGGGUUAGCUAUGAUUCGCCCACCUUCCACUACUCCUACGGCCUCCACCGUCGCUGCUCCUCCGUCGAGGGCGCCUGCUGGGGCUUCCCGCAGCGCGAGGAUUGCCACGGCGAGGACCGGUACUUCUGUUCGAUGUGGCGCUCCGUCGGAUUCCUGAUGUCGUUCGCCGUGGUGCUGGAGGGCAUGAGCCUGGUCGCGUUUCUGAUCGUCUUGUCCGGCGGGAAGCGGCUGCGCGAGUCCGGGUGGAAGGUUUUAAGUUUGUUCAUCUUGUUGUCCGCGGUGGUGCAGGCGGCGAGUAUGGGGAUUGUGGUAAGUUCCUUCUCUUUGGUACUUGCGCAGAGUGCUGACCGAACCGUUUCCCAUCGACAGGCGUACCUGUUCGACAACGAGAAACGUUUCUUCCCUGGUUGGGUACUCUCCGACUCCUGGAUCUUCUGUACCGUCAGCUGGUGCGUGAGUCUCUUCUGCGCGGCGGCGUUGAUCCUGGCGGCGUAUAUGUUGCCGUCGGAGGGUGGGUAUGAGUUGAUACCGGAUAAUGAGGGUUGA